CACCAGCUCAGUCCGCCAGGUAGCUGGCGGGAGGGAGUGGAAUGUGGGACCUUACACUCUCACAGAAAAACACAGCAGAGGACACUUACCUGACUCGGGGACAGAGAUAGAGCGAGAUCGCCGUCCAGCUGGAUGAAGGUCACCAUGCAAUCGACGAGUUUACACUGACAGAGGAAGAGAAGUCACCGACCAGCACCUCUCCGUCUCUGUCUCACAUACGCACACGGUUCCCAACGGCAUUGGGGAUGAAGAAGUUUUUCGACGCCCGGAGGGAAGGUGCGGCCGCAGCUGGCGGAGCGGCCGGACAGUCAGGCAGCGCCGGCGGGUGGUCCUCGUUCCAGGGUAAAGUGUACGCGGUGGGCCGCUACCAGGUGACGGUGGAAGAGCUGAUCGCGGAAGGUGGAUUUGCAAUAGUGUUUUUAGUCAAGACUGUCAGUGGUGUAAGAUGCGCUCUGAAACGAAUGUGUGUAAACAGUGAACAUGACCUCCAAGUUUGUAAGCAGGAAAUUGCCAUUAUGAAAGAUCUGUCUGGGCAUAAAAAUAUUGUUAACUACUUGGACUCCAGUGUUACCUCAAUAAAUGCCAGUGAUGUAUGGGAGGUCCUAAUUCUAAUGGAAUACUGCAGAGGUGGUCAAGUGGUCAACUUAAUGAAUCAACGAUUGCAUUCUGGCUUUACUGAAAUGGAGGUGUUGCAAAUAUUUUGUGAUCUUUGUGAAGCGGUGGCGAGGCUACAUCAGUGCAAACCUCCAAUUAUUCAUAGAGAUCUCAAGGUGGAAAAUCUUCUACUUCAUGAUAGUGGUAGUUAUGUCCUCUGUGAUUUUGGAAGCGCAACAAAUAGAGUUAUACAUCCUCAGAUGGAAGGAGUCAGUGCUGUUGAAGAAGAAAUAAAAAAGUAUACGACACUGUCAUAUAGAGCACCAGAAAUGGUUAACCUUUACAGUGGAAAAUCCAUUACUACUAAAGCUGACAUAUGGGCCCUUGGAUGCUUACUUUACAAACUUUGCUUUUUUACCUUGCCAUUUGGAGAAAGCCAAGUAGCUAUCUGUGACGCAAAUUUUACAAUUCCAGAUAAUUCUAAGUAUUCCAAUGAAAUGCAUUGUUUAAUUCGAUAUAUACUUGAGGCAGAUCCAGACAAUAGACCUGAUAUUUAUCAGGUUUCUUUCUUCACAUUUAGGAUGUCAAAGAGGAUGUGCCCAGUUAAGAAUGUCAAUAAUGUAUCGAUUCCAGUGAAAAUGCCAAUACCAGUAAAAACUAGUGAAGUUGCUGCUAAAAAGUCUCAACCACGAGCAAGGCUUACUGACCCAGUACCAACGACAGAGACCUCAAUAGCACCUCGCCAAAGGCCAAAAGCUGGCCAACCAACUCCAUCUUCAAGCAUUCUGACGAUUCAACCUGCUGUGACUCCAAGGAAGCGAUCUACUACACAGUUGGCCCCUCAACCCUCAGCCACGCAGUUGGCCCCUCAACCCUCAGCUGCAAAGUUGACCCCUCAACCCUCAGCUGCACAGUUGACCCCUCAACCAUCAGCUGAUCCUUCCUUCACGAGUACACCAUGCAGGUGCAUUCAGUUUUAAAAACUGAUCCUACUUUUCCCCUGGACACUAUGACAAUUCACCAGUGAGAGAGUUAUAUUGAGACCUGAGAUCAACAUUGUCAAAUUCAAAUAUACAUAUUCAGAGCCACACAAAAUCAAUUCUAAGAGGAUUUUUGUGCCAGUUGAAGAAUGGGUUGAGAUGAGAGCUGCACCAAUCCUGAAGUAACAGUAGGUUUCUACAUUACUUGUAAUGAGUUGGAACAGUAUCUGAGUAGAUCCACAAAUUUAUUUAGCUUAUUGAUUUUAUUCUUUGCUAUAUCAAAGAAGGCUAGAAUUCACCACAUCAAUAUGAUAUAUACCAUAACCCAAGGAAAACCAAACAUAUAAAUAGAAAACAGGCUAUACCACAGAGCUUUAUCCAGAGGCUCACUGAAGAUGUUACCUAGUAUGGUGACAAAAACCAACCUUACAGCUCAAUGAGCAAACUUCCAUCCAGAACCUCAACUGGAGCUGCAAAUCUUCUCAUAACUCGCUAAUAAAUCAUAUAAACUCGAGUAAUAGUCGAUCUCAUAUAAAAGUUGACCCCCUAUGUUUGGCCAAAAAUCCUGGAAUUUUCCAU